AACAUUGUCCGCAUAUUGAGGUUACAUUUAUUAGAAUAGUUUACAAGCAUCACUUAAUUUACUGCAUCCAGACGGACGGCUCUGGCGGAUUACAUCACAGUCAGAAUCCACCACCUUCUCCCUCUCCCCUCCUUCUACCACCAACACCAACAGCAACGUCAAAGGCCGGUCCUUGUCUUUUCUUCUUUUCUUUUUUCUCCCUGCAAGUUUCAAUCAAUUGUAAAAAGCAGUAGUUUUGGCUUUUGACAUUUCCAGCCUCUUCAGCCGCCUCUCAGAGUAAAUUCAGGUGCUUUUUUCUGCUUUUUUUUCUAAUCAGCUAAGCCACUUAUAGGUUCAUAGUACUGGUUUGUGUAGAGAAUUUUUAGAUGUUGGGUUUUGGAGUUGAUGAUUCUUGUACAAGGUUGUGGAUUUUAUGAUUUGGGUUUCAAGCAAUUCAGUGAAAGUUUGGAACUUUUGGUGGUUUGAGGUCUUGGGAUUGGUUUUUGGGAUAGUAUACCAGCUGAGAUUUCUGUAGAGCUUCUAAAUGUUAGGGUUUUGAGUUGAGUGGAUUUUCAAAUGGGUUUGUGGUUUUUGUGAAUUGGGUUUCAAGUAAUUCAGUGAAUGUUUGGAACUUUUGUUUGUUUGAGGUCUUGGGAUAGUAUACCAGCUGGGAUUUCUGUAGAGAUUCUCAGUGUUAGGUUUUUGAGUUGGGUGGAUUUUCAUAUGAGUUUGUGGUUUCUUAAUUGGGUUUCAAGUGAUUCAGUGAAAGUUUGGGACUUUUGGUGGUUUGAGGUGUUGGGAUUAGUUUCUGGGCUCCUUAAGUUUUCCAUACUUAUCCAAUUUCCAGUUGCGAGUUGAGUAUUAAAGGCUUUGGGUGAAUUCGUGGACACAUCAAGAAAUCGAAUUCUCUAAUGGGGAACUAUGUGAAGAUAUGUAACUCAAAUUUCAUCCAUUUUGUCUGUUGAGGAUUUCAACCAGUCUGUAACGAACAGAGGCUCAAAUUGCUCAUUUCAGUCACUGUAAACUGGCUUAUUUGGAGCAGUUUAAAGUCCUAAACUACCAGUAACAAUACUGGCGGAAACGAAAACUGUCAGUAACUUUGAUCAGUCUUGUUUUUGGGGAUCUCUCUGUAACUGGGUUUUGUAAACUUUGUUGAAUUCGAAAUUCCUGUCCAAACGCUAAAAUUAGUCGGCUAUGGAAUUUCUGUAUUGGUUGUUUGAACUACUCAAGGUGUGUUGAGGAUCCAAAAGGUCUGUGAUUUUGUGCAUAUUAUCAUCUUUCGGCUUUUCUUGGUGGAUUUUUGAAGAACAGAACAAACAGAGAGGUUUCAUCAUCUUGUAACUCCUAAAUGGGAGUUGGGCAGAUUAUCCCGUUUAGAAUGGGCAUCGCAGUGCUAAGUCUGUUGCUGCAAUUGCAAGCAAUCUUUGCAUCCAAGUUUGUCAUACAGUCAAAGGAUUGUAGUGAUCACAUUGCCUAUUCAAGCUCUCAUGGUCAUGAAUUGUUUUACAUAAACGGGAAUUCAGUAGAGAAAACUAUAUUCUGCGCAGCUCUUCGGACAUACUAUGCAAAUGGUUGCAUUUUAGAAGGCAACCUUGGAAGUUACCAUUGUCUAUCAGACCUUUCACUAGUUGAUUUUACCUUGAGGACAGGGAGGAAACUGCUGCAGAAGGAGUCAAGGGAUAAAUCCACUUUUGACAACAGAGAGGAAAAAAAUGAUUUUGCAUAUAUGUCUGCGACUAAAAAGAUUGGAAUAGCAGCAAGUGGAAUGUUUCUCACGUGUUGUGUUUUUCUAUGUCCUUGCAUUUUUAAGAAAAGGAGAGAAAGUGUGCACAGAGUUCUUGCAAGGGAGCCAAAUUCAACAGAUUCAGUUUUUUCUUUUGAAGUGAGUUCUUCAGAUCCUGAAAAGAUCCUGGCCAGUCCGCAUCGUGUGCCACGUAGUCCACAUCGUGUGCCGCCUAGUCCUAGAUUUUCAAUGUCUCCAAAGCCCAUUGGACUUGGAUCAGUACAUCUCAGUUUGAAUCAGAUUGUAAAAGUAACUCACAACUUCUCUGAAUCGCAACAAGUAGGUGAAGGAGGUUUUGGAACUGUAUACAAGGCUCGGUUAGAUGAUGGCCAAGUGGUUUCUAUCAAACGUGCAAAGAAGGAACACUUUGAGAAUUUGCAAACUGAAUUCAGCAGUGAAGUUGAACUGCUUGCCAAAAUUGAUCAUCGGAAUCUUGUAAAGCUACUAGGUUAUGUUGAUGAAGGAAAUGAGCGUCUUAUCAUUACGGAGUAUGUGCAGAACGGUACUCUUAGAGAACAUCUAGAUUGUCUGCAUGGGAAAAUCCUAGAGUUCAACCAGCGACUUGAAAUUGCUAUCGAUGUUGCUCAUGCCCUUACCUAUCUUCACACAUAUUCUGAAAAACAAAUCAUCCAUCGAGACGUGAAGUCCUCCAACAUUCUUCUCACAGAAAGCAUGAGAGCCAAAGUGGCCGAUUUUGGAUUUGCAAGGCUUGGCCCGGUGGACACAGAUCAAACACACAUUUCAACCAAAGUGAAAGGAACUGUCGGUUAUCUUGACCCUGAGUAUAUGAAAACCUAUCAACUCACCCCGAAAAGUGAUGUUUACUCGUUCGGGAUCUUACUAAUAGAAAUUUUGACUGGCCGUCGUCCAGUGGAGUUGAAGCGACCUGUUGAAGAGCGGGUAACACUCAGAUGGGCCUUCAAGAAGUUGAAUGAAGGCAGGGUGGCAGAAUUGGUUGAUCCUUUGAUGGAGGAAACUAUAGAUGCAGAGGUUCUGAUGAAAACCUUCGAUCUGGCGAUCCAAUGUGCAGCCCCCAUCCGAGUUGAUAGGCCGGACAUGAAAGCGGUGGGAGAGCAGUUGUGGACAAUAAGGGCAGACUACCUUAGAAGUGUCAAGAGAGGGCAGUAGUAUAAAUAAUGUGAGAGACAUCUUCCCCCUUAUUCGACCUUACCCUGUAAAAACAAUUUGGUCACUAGACACGAGUUUGCUUUUCAGUUUGGCCUUUUUUUGUUUACGCGAAAUCAUUUUGCAACAUUGAAAGCAAACGCAUUUGAAUUUAAAUGUUUAGCUGUAAUUUUUGGUUGUUUGAGCA